CAUUUCAUUUUACAAGUUAUUAAACAAGAAACCUAACCUCUGUUUGAUUCCAUGCAUGGCGAUCAUGAUGGUACUCGCCCAGCACAAGAAGAACGUACUUCAUCUCCUUCUCCUCCUCUUCUUCUUCAUGUCCAUCAUCACUCUCCUCUUCCUCGUCUCCGAGACCAAGCACUCUCUCACUACUUUCCGACAGAGCUACACCAACGUCCCACCUUUCACUUUCCUCAUCAAAGUCCUCACCUUUAACCGCCUCCACUCUCUCUCCCGCUGUCUCCGAUCUCUCUCCGCCGCGGAAUACGGCGUCGCAGGCCACACAGGACGCGUUCACCUCCACGUAUAUAUAGAUCAUUUCUCACUAGCCUCGAAUAAUACAUCGGUGGAAGAUAACUUGAGGACCACGAAAGAGAUCCUGGACUUCGUGGACAAGUUCGAGUGGAGAUAUGGGGAGAAACUGGUUCACUAUCGGACCGGUAACGCCGGUUUGCAGGGUCAGUGGCUGGAGGCCUGGUGGCCGAGCUCAGAUCACGAGUUUGCGUUCGUGGUUGAAGAUGACCUUGAGGUUUCUCCGCUUUACUACGGGUUUCUUGAACGUGUGAUUCGUGACUACUACUAUGAUGCUUCUAACUUCAACCCUUAUAUCUAUGGAGCUUCGCUUCAGAGACAAUGGCUCGUUCCAGGUGUAGAUGGAAAUAAACUACAAGUAGAUCCCAAAACGAAUGUUUACUUGUACCAGUUGGUGGGAACUUGGGGACAGCUUCUCUUCCCAAAGCCAUGGAAAGAGUUCAGACUAUGGUACGACGAGCACAAAUCAAAGGACAAGAAGCCUUACCUUGAUGGCAUGGUGACAGAUAGAUGGUACAGGAAGUUACAAGAACGAAUAUGGACACCUUGGUUCAUAAAGUUCGUUCACUCACGUGGCUACUUCAACAUCUAUACCAAUUUCCCUAACGAGAGUGCUCUAAGCGUCUCUCACAGGGAUGCUGGUGUUAACUAUAGAGAAACCGUUGGACCAGACUCUCAGUUACUGAACCAAAGCUUCAUCGGUUCUGAUUUUCUGAAACUCCAACCUUUGAGCAAGCUUAAGUGGUACGACUACUGUUUCAGUGAAGUUGUUCCCGGUAGAGUUGUGAGGAGCAUGAAUGAACUUGGGGCCAUUCUUCCUUCUGUUCAGAGAGAUAGAACCAUAGUUCUGGUCAGUCUAUUCGCUGCAGACGAGAUGUUUGUCAGGAACUUACUCUGCCAUUUCGAGAAGAUUAAUACCCGGAACCACAUUUUUAUAGGUCCUAGAUCAGAGUUCCUCUAUGAUCUUUCAAGAAGGGGACAUCCUGUGAUCGAUGCGGAUAUGUUUAUCAAAAGCGACUCGGUCAAGGAGGCUCUGAGCAGUGCUUACGUUGUUAUGAAAUGCUCGGAGCUAGGAUACAGCACAUGGGUGUUUUCAAGCAAUGUGCUUUUGGUGGAUGAAGGUCUACUACUUGACAGAAUCAGAUCAGAGUACGACUUAUAUAUAGGAGAAAGCUCUGGAGUUUUGAUUGUGCAAUCUUCAUCGGCCACUCAAAAGCUAUGGAGCAAUGAGCUUAUGCCUAGCAUUAUAUCCUAUGCAACUAAGAAUCCAUCCCCAAAACAAGGUGUAGAUUUUAUUCGUCUAGUGAAAGAGAUAGUGGAGCAAAAGGGAAAGAUGGUUAAACUUAAGACUGUAGAGACGAUGACUAUUGCAGAGAAUACCAAUGCGAGCAGCGUAAACCAAUCGUUGGGAGAUGGCAAACCGGUGGUAUAUUGGUCACCCGAGGUUGGUUCAAAUACCAUUCAGACAAAGCUUGCUGAAUUGAACUUGUGGCUCGUUGAUGAUGAUCUCUCAUGCAAGGCUGUGACCUGUCAUAGCUUAUAAAGUAAAAACAGGAAGCUAAUGGC